AUGUUGAGUUCUGUGAAGAUGGAAGAGUGGAAUACUUACUACACAGCCAGCGAGGCCAGCGAGAUGUACUCAUCUCCUACAACCAUGAACUCUGGUCUGGGCUCCAUGGGCUCUAUGAGCACCAUCAAUAACUACAUCAACUUGAACCCAGCCACUGUCUCGCCUGCUGGUAUGAACAUGUCAUAUCACCCACCCACCACCAGCAUCAGCAGUUCACCACUGGCCUCAAUGGGCUCCGCUCCCGGCCACAUGUCCCUCUCCCCAGUGGCCCCGUCCCUCACCUCAGGCUCACUAACUCAGCUGGGCCCUGCUGCUCCAGGCUCCCUGAGUUCUUUGUCCCACUACCAGGACAUUAGCCCAUCCAUGAGUCAGCUGGGAUACACCUCUCCUGCAACUCUGAACCGAGCAGGGGCAAAGGAGAUUAACCCAAAGCCCUUCCGACGGCCAAUGACCCAUGCCAAGCCACCAUACUCCUACAUCUCCCUCAUCACCAUGGCCAUCCAGCAGAGUGGCAGCAAGAUGUUAACCCUGAACGAGAUUUACCAAUGGAUCAUGAACCUGUUCCCCUACUACCGUGAGAACCAGCAGCGCUGGCAGAACUCCAUCCGCCAUUCCCUCUCCUUCAACGACUGCUUUGUGAAGGUGGCUCGCUCACCCGACAAGCCGGGCAAAGGCUCUUAUUGGACUCUCCACCCACAGUCUGGCAACAUGUUUGAGAACGGCUGCUACCUGAGGCGCCAGAAACGCUUCAAGAUUGAGGACAAGUCAGCAAAAAAGGCAUCCAAGAACCAGGACAUGGGCUCAGGAAAAGUAGUUCACAGUGUCGAUCACUUGGUGGAGGAUCGCAGCCCUGGAGGUGGAUCAGAGGGAGCAGACUCCACCCACUCGGAUAACUCCCACCCGGGAUCUUCAGAUGACCAGCCUCAUUCCCGAAACUCGAUGGUUUCACUGGAAUGUCCACCAUUGUCCUCCUCACACCUCCACAACCCACCUGUCUCCCUGCCACCCUCCUCCACCACCUCAUCUUCCAUCUCUCCAUCCUCUAUGUCCCUCACUGGCACCUCCUCCUCCAACCCACUCCUCCACUCCCAGACUCUACCUAGUAGCUCCCACCUCCUGCCGAGUGUCAUGCAGCAACACAUGGACAUACAGAGCGACCCCCUCAAGUCUUUAGACCCCCACUACAACUUCAACCAUCCAUUCUCCAUCACCAACCUCAUGUCCAACGAGCAAAAGAUGGACCUCAAAUCCUACCAGGACCAGCUGAUGACCUACAACACCUACGCUGGGACCUCUCCUGUAGCAGCGAAGCAGAUCUACGACAGCCCGGGGCCGACCACAAUGGACUCAGGCGCUUACUACCAAACUCUGUACAGCCGUUCAGUACUCAAUGCCUCCUAA